AUGGAGGAACAGCUGGAUCCUCCCACAAUACAAGAAUCCACAAAGCCACCGACCGAGUCCGAAUCAUGCGUCACGUCGAAUGCCACCACACUGCAGGCUGGUCAUGAGGGAUAUAAGGACACGAUCGAGGAGUUUACCGAAGUUGCGCCUGCAAUCGUCCUUGCUACCACGUGCACUGCUACGGCAGACGAAUCAGCAGUCAAUACGUUGAAAGCAGAUGUUGCCGCAGCUCAGCUUGCUAUUGAACAGCAAGCCAGAGUACAGUCAGGUAUAGUGAAUCUGAACAGUCCUGCUGCUAGUGACCUCGGAGGCACCGGCGUUGUAAGCACAGCCACGACGAGUGGUCUGGAAUCACCAGAUGUCGAAGCGCCUGCGGGGACACUGGAUUACUCUGUGAACAAGACCUCAAUCCCAGUAUCCCUUCAGCCCAAGACAGAUUAUGAAAACCGAACAGAUAAUCCGUCGCAGGGAGUACGCGCUUCAGGAAGCGACGACGGAGUUCCAAAUGGUUCAGCAGCCGUGGACUGUUCCAGUCCUGUUCGUAAAGACUAUGCAUCCACCGCUCAGGCAGAUGUGCAACCGCAGAUCAAGGACGCUGCAGCGAAUCAAGAACCUGCUGGGCAGGAACAUUCGUCGAAAAGCAAUGAGUCUGUGGCAAAGCGUGAGAGUGCUGCGCACGAGCAGGGGAACGGAAUCCCCGAGAACAUGCCAAAGGAGGGGGUAAACGAUUCCUUGCUGCGAUCUCGUUGGGCCGAUUAUGCACCGGCUGAUAUGCCUAUGCCAUCGGCGCCAUCCAUGAAUACCUCCCCAGUCACAUCACGAGACCCAGCCCGACCCUUCCGGAAUGGAAGAACAGCCUACAACCCCAGCUACGGCAACAUCAACAAUAACGGUUAUGCAAAUGGCGGACGGCCAUUCUUCGACCGCGGGGAUGCAGCACGUUUACAUGCCCAGAAUUCCAAACUUCGGCAAGAUUUGGAGAAAGCGCAGGAGCAAAUUCGCACCAUGCACGCGAAACUCCGUGAAGAGAUCUUCAAGCAAGUACAUGUAGCUAGCCAGGACAUCAUUGCAGAAGUCUUCAGCAAACAAAUGGACUUGGCCAAAUUCCGUGCGUCACUUCAACAAAGGGAGAUUGAGUUGCAGCGCCGAUCCGAGCAGAUUCAACAAAUGGAGCGGUUCCUCUGCGUUGGACAAAGCUUGAUCACAUCCAAGUACCCGGAAACACUGCUCAUUGAUCCUACCUUCACCAACCAGGAGCGUCGCUCUAUGGAUCCCACUCAUAUCAGCCGCGAGUUAAUGCGAGAGGAAAUCGCCAAUGAAAUGAACGCCAAUUACAGACUAGCCAAUGCUAGAUUGGAUGCAAGAGCUGAAGCCCUUCAGCUUCAUGAGCAGAAGAUCGAACUUCUGGAACAGAACUGGAAGACUCACGCUGAGGAGUCCCUUCGUGAGGAGUUGCGGGGAUACUUGGAGGAUGAGAUCUCCACAAGCAUCGCUGAGGCGGAAUACAAGCGUGGAUUUGAAGAUGGUAAAGAGGAGGGACUGGCAGAAGGUUCGAAGGCUGCCCACCACGACAGUUAUCUAAUGGGCUACAGUAUGGCUCGGAAGUCAUUCGAUGCCGUAACAGCUCUGAGGAAUGGAUUGCUGCCGUUUGACAGUCCUGAGGUCUCUUUCCUGUUUGACCCUACUCAUCCAGAGAAUCCCUUCAACCGUGGCAUGGAAAUUGGUAGCCUUGGCUUCAGCGGUAGAAGCUCCCGCAGUGCAUCCUCCGAUUUGGGAUCCUCCCAAAGCCUUCUGGACGGUCAGAAGGAGCACAGCCAACAUCUUUUCCGCAGUGGCCCUCAUGUGCAUGACAUCAUGGUCAAGUCCUCAGGUCACGGUUUCUACUCGAGUACCAAAGUCGAAGGCCCUGGAGUCGCCGUCGCAAACCCGAGUCCCGCUCAUCAGAACAUGGUUAAACCAGUGCAUAGGUCCAGGCCUGCCUUUCCAGAACCUGCCCCUGAGCCAACUUUAUACCAGCAACUCAAUGGUUUCCGUCCCAAAUAUAACGGCCAAGAAAUACUUGCGAAUGGUAACUCUGGUAUGGCUGGCGACGUUUCGAACGUCAGCCCGGCGCAGCAGGUUGCAGACCAAUUGCAAGUCAAGCCGCACCUGAACAAACUCACACCACCCGACAGCCAUCGUUGUAGUAACCUUGACACUCCGGGCAUCUCGAAGAAAGAUCUCGGAGAACCGGUUCCGGUGACCAAUUUAAUCGAUCUCUAACGUCGGAAAAGACCCUCGACAUCUCAUUGUCGAGGACUUCGAGACAUCAUCUCGAUAACGGACUACCAAAAUUGCAGACCUUCUUUGUUUCUCUAGCCAUGUCUCUUGGCCUAAUUUUUCUUU